UUGCUCGGCAAAGUACCCGGGACGGCAAAUGCGCCACUAGUAGAAAGCCAAAGAAGCAGAGAAGCCACCUAAAACUAAAAAGAUGGAGGCUUUGGCCAGAAUGUUUCAGGGCAUGAUACAAUUUUACUUGACGAAAUAACUCGGGUAGUUGCUCUCCAUAAUAAAUCUCGGCCAUCUGCGUCACCGUGGAUCAAGUCUGACCGAAAGAAAAUACCCCUCCAUAGCACUUAUAGCCCCCCUCUUCUUCUUUCUUCAACCUUUUGUUGUCACUGUUUUAAUUCCCUCAGACUUCUCACCAAAAUUACAACAGGUACUAAUACCUUUAUCAACACUCAUCUCUCGCUGCAGCGUACCUCACUACCUAUAUCUCAUUACCUCCCUUCUCAAUUAUCACUUAUCACGUCGCUUUAGAUUCACAAUGGGUUUAAUGGACAAGUUGAAUCUUAAGCCUGGUGUCAUCUACGGCCAGGAUGUCUACAAUGUGUUCCAGUACGCCAAAGAGCACGAGUUCGCUCUCCCCGCCGUCAAUGUGACCUCGUCCUCCACUGUCGUCGCUGUCCUUGAGGCCGCUAAGGAGUCGAGAGCACCUGUUGUUAUUCAGGUUUCCAAUGGAGGUGCAGCUUUCUUCGCUGGCAAGUCCAUCCCGAACACAAACCAAGAAGCCUCCGUUGCUGGUGCCGUUGCUGCCGCCCACUAUAUCCGCGCAAUUGCCCCCGUUUACGGUGUCCCCGUUAUCCUGCACAGUGACCAUUGUGCCAAGAAGCUACUACCGUGGCUUGAUGGCAUGAUUGAUGCCGAUGAGGCAUGGUUUAAACAGCACGGCACACCUCUGUUCAGCAGCCACAUGAUCGAUUUAUCGGAAGAAGACCUCCAGUACAACAUUGAGACAACGGCCAAAUACUUGAAGCGAUCUAAACCGUUGGGCCUGUGGUUGGAAAUGGAAGUCGGCUUAACGGGUGGUGAGGAGGACGGUGUCAACAACGAAGAUGUCGACAACAACUCCCUCUACACUCAGCCCGAGGAUAUCCUUGCCAUCUACGAGGCACUUAGCCCCAUCUCUAACUUCUUCAGCAUUGCUGCUGGUUUCGGCAAUGUCCACGGUGUCUACCAGCCGGGCAACGUGAAGCUCCACCCCGAACUCCUCGGAAAGCACCAGGCCCACGUCGCCCAGAAGCUCGGCGACGGCCAGAAGAAGCCGGUAUUCUUCGUCUUCCACGGCGGCUCUGGUUCGAGCAAGUCAGAGUUCCUUGAGGCCAUCUCCCACGGUGUUGUCAAGGUCAACCUCGACACAGAUCUCCAGUGGGCUUACCUCGUCGGUCACCGAGACUACAUCCUAAACAACGUCGACUACCUAAGAACUCAGGUCGGCAACCCCGAAGGUCCCCACAAGCCGAACAAGAAGAAGUACGACCCUCGUGUGUGGGUGAGGGAAGGCGAGAAGACGAUGAAGGCCCGUGUUAUUGAGGCACUCGAGGAUUUCCGCGCAGCCGGCAAACUAUAAAUUAAUUAAUCAAAGAGGGGCGUUGUCAGACGAGGUUACCACGAAGAGGGUUCUAAAAUAUUUUAGUCAAUAUUUGAUAUAGCCUGUGGUUGAACUUUUCCACUACAUUUUUAUGAAUUGAUUUGAUCACCACUA